CCAGCCAUGAAGACCCUCGCCCUCCUCACUGCCAUUCUCCUCGUGGCCCUCCAGGUCCAGGCUGAGCCACUUCAAGCAAGAGCUGAUGAGGAUCCAGCCCACGAGCAGCCUGGGGCAGAGGACCAGGACAUGGCCAUCUCCUUCACGGAGGAUUUGAGCUCAGGUCUUAGAGCUUCAGGAUCCACCAGGGGCUUGGUCUGCUUUUGCAGAAUAAGAGCGUGCUAUUUUCUGGAACGCAUCUACGGGACCUGCACCUCUGGUGGGAUCCGCUACACCUUCUGCUGCCGCUGA